AUGGUAGUGUUCAAUGGCCUUCUUAAGAUCAAAAUCUGCGAGGCAGUGAGCUUGAAGCCCACAGCCUGGUCGCUGCGCCAUGCGGUGGGACCCCGGCCGCAGACUUUCCUUCUCGACCCCUACAUCGCCCUCAACGUGGACGACUCGCGCAUCGGCCAAACGGCCACCAAGCAGAAGACCAAUAGCCCGGCCUGGCACGACGAGUUCGUCACCGAUGUGUGCAAUGGGCGCAAGAUCGAGCUGGCCGUCUUCCACGAUGCCCCCAUCGGCUACGACGACUUCGUGGCCAACUGCACCAUCCAGUUUGAGGAGCUGCUGCAGAACGGGAGCCGGCACUUCGAGGACUGGAUUGAUCUGGAGCCAGAAGGAAGAGUGUAUGUGAUCAUUGAUCUGUCGGGGUCGUCGGGUGAAGCCCCUAAAGACAAUGAAGAGCGAGUGUUCAGGGAGCGCAUGCGGCCCAGGAAGCGUCAGGGGGCCGUCAGGCGCAGGGUCCACCAGGUCAACGGCCACAAGUUCAUGGCCACCUACCUUCGGCAGCCCACCUACUGCUCUCACUGCAGAGAUUUUAUCUGGGGUGUCAUAGGAAAGCAGGGAUACCAGUGUCAAGUUUGCACUUGCGUGGUCCACAAGCGAUGCCAUGAGCUCAUAAUUACGAAGUGUGCGGGAUUAAAGAAACAGGAAACUCCCGACGAGGUGGGCUCCCAGCGGUUCAGCGUCAACAUGCCCCACAAGUUUGGUAUCCACAACUACAAGGUCCCCACCUUCUGCGACCACUGUGGGUCCUUGCUCUGGGGCCUCUUACGGCAGGGUUUGCAGUGCAAAGUCUGCAAGAUGAACGUUCACCGACGCUGUGAGACCAAUGUAGCUCCCAACUGUGGAGUGGAUGCCAGAGGAAUUGCCAAAGUCCUGGCGGACCUAGGCGUCACUCCAGACAAAAUCACCAACAGCGGCCAGAGGAGGAAAAAGCUCAUCGCUGGCGCUGAGUCUCCGCAGCCUGCUUCCGGAAGCUCACCGUCUGAGGAAGAUCGAUCCAAGUCAGCACCCACCUCCCCUUGUGACCAGGAAAUAAAAGAACUUGAAAACAACAUUCGGAAGGCCUUGUCAUUUGACAACCGAGGGGAGGAGCACAGGGCGGCGGCCUGCAGCGAUGGCCACCUGGCGAGCCCCGGCGAGAACGGCGAAGUGCGGCAGGGCCAGGCCAAGCGCUUGGGUCUGGAUGAGUUCACCUUCAUCAAGGUGCUGGGCAAAGGCAGCUUUGGCAAGGUCAUGUUGGCCGAGCUGAAAGGCAAAGAUGAAGUAUAUGCUGUGAAAGUUUUAAAGAAGGAUGUCAUCCUCCAGGAUGAUGAUGUGGACUGCACGAUGACAGAGAAGAGGAUUUUGGCUCUGGCGCGGAAACACCCGUACCUAACCCAACUCUAUUGCUGCUUUCAGACCAAGGACCGCCUCUUUUUUGUCAUGGAGUAUGUCAAUGGUGGAGACCUCAUGUUCCAGAUUCAGCGCUCUCGAAAAUUCGAUGAGCCUCGUUCCCGGUUCUAUGCUGCAGAGGUUACGUCAGCCCUCAUGUUCCUCCACCAACAUGGAGUCAUCUACAGGGAUUUGAAACUGGACAACAUCCUUCUGGAUGCAGAAGGUCACUGCAAGCUAGCCGACUUUGGGAUGUGCAAGGAGGGAAUUCUGAACGGCGUCACAACCACCACAUUCUGUGGAACUCCUGACUACAUCGCACCCGAGAUCCUGCAGGAGUUGGAGUACGGCCCCUCGGUGGACUGGUGGGCCCUGGGGGUGCUUAUGUAUGAAAUGAUGGCUGGGCAGCCCCCGUUCGAGGCCGACAAUGAGGACGACCUGUUUGAGUCCAUCCUCCAUGACGACGUGCUCUACCCCGUCUGGCUCAGCAAGGAGGCCGUCAGCAUCCUGAAAGCCUUCAUGACCAAGAACCCCCACAAGCGCCUGGGCUGUGUGGCGGCACAGAACGGCGAGGACGCCAUCAAGCAGCACCCGUUCUUCAAGGAGAUCGACUGGGUUCUCCUGGAGCAGAAGAAGAUCAAGCCGCCCUUCAAGCCUCGAAUUAAAACCAAAAGAGACGUCAAUAACUUUGACCAAGACUUUACCCGGGAAGAGCCCGUCCUCACGCUCGUGGAUGAAGCAAUCGUGAAGCAGAUCAACCAGGAGGAAUUCAAAGGCUUCUCCUACUUUGGCGAAGACCUGAUGCCCUGA